AUGUCGUCAUCGUCGGCGGUGGAGUUUGUGGCGGAGCAACGGAGAUGCAGCGACGAUGGUAACGACGGAGAGACAGUAAAGAACGGCGAGCUUGAUCAUAAUUUGCUUCUUCGUACCUCCACCGAACCAUCGGCUCCGACCAUUUCUCUCUCAACGGAAACUUUUCUUAGAGCAGCAACGUUACUCAAAGACAAGGUCGUGGAGGCCACGAGGAAAGGCGGUGUUCCGGAUCCGGGUCUGGUGUUGGAUCCGACUGUGUACACGGGUUUACUCGGUACAGCUUUCACAUGCUUGAAGUCGUACGAGAUUACAAAGAACCGUCAAGAUUUGCUAACUUGCGCUGAGAUAAUCGAUACGUGUGCCAACGUUGCACGUGCCACAACCAGGCACGUGACGUUUUUAUGUGGAAGAGGAGGAAUUUAUGCGCUUGGUGCAAUCGUGGCCAAUUACAGAGGGGACCAAUCAAAGCUUGACCUCUUCCUCGGUCUCUUUCUUGAGCUAGCAGAAGAGAGAGAGUUACCAGCAGGAGCAGAGGAAGGAGGAUUUGGAAUGUCAUCUGACCUUCUAUAUGGAAGAGCUGGUUUCCUUUGGGCUGCAUUGUUCCUAAACCGAUAUCUUGGCCAAGGCACGGUUCCUGACCAUCUCUUAUCGCCUAUCGUCGCAGCGAUUUUAUCCGGUGGACGAGUUGGAGCCGCGGAUCACGAGGCUUGCCCUUUGUUAUACAGGUUUCAUGGGACUCGAUUUUGGGGCGCGGCUAAUGGAUUAGCUGGGAUCUUGCACGUAUUGUUACAUUUUCCGUUAUCGGAAGAGGAUGUGAAGGAUGUGCAAGGGACAUUGAGGUACAUGAUGAGUAAUAGGUUUCCCAACAGCGGGAAUUACCCGUGUAGCGAAGGGAAUCCGAGGGAUAAGUUGGUUCAAUGGGCACAUGGAGCAACCGGCAUGGCGAUCACUUUGGCUAAAGCAUCUCAGGUGUUUCCCAAGGAAAGGGAUUUCCGUGAAGCAGCCAUUGAAGCAGGAGAAGUAGUGUGGAAGAGUGGCUUGGUGAAGAAGGUAGGCUUAGCUGAUGGAGUUGCCGGUAAUGCCUACGCUUUCUUAUCGCUUUAUCGGUUAACAGGAGAUGUUGUUUACGAAGAGAGAGCAAAAGCAUUUGCGGGUUACCUGUGUCGUGAUGCAAGAGAUCUCGUGAAUGCUACAAGGGAAGAAGCAGAACAUGAUUAUUCUCUUUUCCGGGGACUAGCUGGACCAGUAUGUCUCUGGUUCGAUCUUGUGUCAGCGGUAGAUUCUAAGUUUCCUGGUUAUGAGAUAUAA